GUUGCAGCAUCUACUCGGACCUGGGAGCAGCACAUUUAACAAGCCCACGAGCUGAAUCGGCGUUGUUCCCAAGAGGCUAGCGGCCAAAUUACUUCGCGCAACGAGUGUGGACGCAAACAUGAGCCGGUAGUCGUAAGAGGCAAGGCCAGGCUGGACCAUCUUCAACUGACCGCCUCUACGAUCGGCAUAUUCAUCUGUCGCGAAAAUGCGGCUUGGUGUCUGCUGGCAAUGCCUCGAGCUGCGCCCAACAUGGAUGAGGCAAUCUAUUCCACCCCUCAAGCAAUUGCAUGGAUUUGCGUCUUCACCAAAUGCGGCGUUCGCGACACGGGUAAGGCGUCCACAAGCGCCUGAGACGAGGACAAGCAGGCAUGCGCAAAUUCGGCGAGGGUUCGCGACGUCAUCCAGAUCUAACCAGCAUGAGCAGCGAUCCGAAGAGGCGACUGAAGGUUUGCUAUCAUCGAAUGGAGAAGCAUCCGUCUCCAUCCACUCGCUAGACGAGCCUCCAAUGACUAUUCCCCAUCCUCAUGACAUACCCAGCAUCCCGCUCAUCGUACUUGUCGCAACACUGAGCAAACUCUUCUGUCGUCUUGGCUGCUCCGACUUUCGAGUAGACGGACUUGAGAAUCUUCUGAAGGUCGUCAAUGAUGAACAGAGGCAGAAGGAGGGAAGAGGCGUUGUCACUUACUGCAACCACAUUUCUGUCCUCGAUGAGCCCUUACUUUGGGCUUCUCUUCCACUCGCGCAAUUCUUCUCAUCAAAGACGACACGGUGGACGCUCGGAGCGCAAGACAUCAUGUUCGACAACCCCUUAUCCGCCUGGAUUUUUGGAAAGGGCCAAGUUAUUGCAACAAAUCGUGGAGGGGGCAUCUUUCAGACCGCCGUCGACCGAAGCAUCGACAAGCUGAAAGCCGGAAGCUGGGUGCAUGUCUUCCCUGAAGGCUACGUCAACACGAGCAGAAAAAUGACUCUACGAAGGUUCAAGUGGGGCGUCAGCCGGAUGAUCCUAGAAGCGGCAGGACUCGAAGGAGGUUCUGCACGUGCUUUGCCGAAGGAAGCUGAUACACACAGUCUUCAAGUCGGGGAGACCAAAGCGCCGGUCAUUAUUCCGAUUUGGAUUUCGGGAUUCGAUGCUAUCAUGCCAGAGCCGCGCGGUUGGCCGCGAGGGUUACCGCGGCUGGGAGCCAACAUUUCAGUUUAUAUCGGCGUACCCAUCGACCCUGCCGAAUACCAGCCUUACUUAGACGCGUACGCGCAGGAGCAGCGACGCCUCAUCGGCGAGGGAUCAGGAUCCCAGUCUGAGCGAGAGAUAGAACUGCCGCUGGUCCCACCUUCACCACCGCAUGAUAUCUUCCCGCCCGCGACGCCCCUCCGACCGCCACCGGACGGAUGGCCCGAGGCACCUGCGGGCUCACGCGGUGCGCUUUCCGCGGCAAGCGACACGGACCGUAAGCGAGAGAUCCGGAGCGCGCUUGCUGGUUUUUUGAGGAUGAAACUCGCUGAGCUUGGCAUUGAAGCGCGUCGAGUGAGGGGAGAGGAAGGGCAGGGGGAACUUGUGCAUACAUUGACCCUUAUUAAGAAGGAGGAGGGAGUAGAGGGCAAGGCGAUGUGAUACUUCCCUUCGUUGCAUCAUUCGCACGGUCUCCGGUGCUAUUGCAUCUAACAUAGCACAUUCUGCAAAAACACAUAGAGGUAC